GUGAAAACCGACAGAGUGUUUCGUUUUAUUUGUUUACUUUUUCACUUUAUUUGUUUUUUCUUUCAAUCAACUUUCUGAGUUGUUAAUUAAAAAAAUCACUUAUAAUUUUAAAUAUCUCUUCAAACAUCUUAUUUUAAGAACCAUACGAUUUAAGUGAAUGAAAUGGCUGACGAUGAAUCUCCUUCAGACAGUAGUGUGCUGGCGAUAAUUAUUGAUACAAACCCAAAUCAACGCUAUAUUACUGAAGACCCUAAAAUACUAACAGGAUGCUUAGAUGCAGUAAUUGCUUUUGCCAAUUCACAUUUGAUGCAGAAAACUAGAAAUCAAUUGGCACUUAUAGGUUGUCACUUCCAUAAAAGUGAAUUCCUGUACCCAUCACCAGGGAAACCACUAGAUGUACGACAAAUUGAUGGACAAUAUGAAUUGUUUACAUUAGUUGAGAAAACAGUGAAAAUGAGAUUAGUAAAUUUAAUAAAAAGUCAACCACAAGAAGAGAAACCAGGUGAAUCUCUAUUGGCGGGCGCCUUAGCAAUGGCACUCUGUUUUAUUGCAAGAAUGCGUCGUGAAGCAGGUGUGGGCGCUAGAAUUAGUAGUCGGAUUUUAAUAGUUACCGGAAGUUCGGACACCGCCGCCCAGUAUAUCAACUAUAUGAACGUUUUCUUUACAGCUCAGAAACAGCAAGUGCUAAUAGACGUGUGUUCGUUGGACAAACACCUCAGCCUGUUGCAGCAAGGUUGCGAUAUCACUGGGGGACUAUAUUUAAAAGUACCCUCGCUUGAAGGCCUCCUGCAAUAUUUACUGUGGGUAUUUCUUCCGGAUGUGUCCGAGCGGAAACAGUUAGUGUUGCCCGGGCGGGGUCGUGUUGAUUACCGGGCCGCGUGCUUCUGCCAUCGUGAGUUACUCACCAUCGGAUAUGUGUGUUCUGUCUGCCUUAGUGUAUUUUGCAAAUUCAGCCCAAUCUGCACAACAUGCCAUACGGUGUUCAAAAUCGGCGGACCUCUUCCUAUUAAGCCAAAGAAAAAGAAGACUAGAGUGUAGAUUAUAAUAAUUUAAUAAAAGUAACAUUAUUUUUAAGAAA